CGACUGUCCUUGAAGACGUCGUCUCUCCAUCAGUACCCUGUAACCGCCUCAACUUUCUUCUCGUUCAUCCUUCGAGGUUUGGAGCCGAGUUCAGCUCAACAGAGGCGACAAAGAAUAAACAUAUAAGCAACCACGUCAACAUUAACAUAAAGCGAACAUGAAGUUAUCUAUAAUUCGUAGUGCUUGCGGCAGCCUCCGGAUACAUCCAGCCCGUUCGGGGAGCGGGGUCCACGGCUUGUCGCGAAGAUGUGUACCAGUCGGUCCUGCCAACAGCAAGUUGAGCCUCCGACCGGUUAGCGGGACCAGCGGCGGCGGGACCAACCCGAAACUAGCCGUCAACUUUGGGAAACACUCACCAGCGAGUGAUGGGCUUCAAAUCGACAGUUCUUUGAGGGAAGUGGUUCAAAGCACCAAGGAGGCAAUGGUGGCUCUGCAGAGAAGAAAUCCGGCUAUCCAACCAUUGUUAGCCAUUAUACAGGCAGGUGAAGAUGACAGCUUGUUGGAGUUCAAUAAGAAAAUGGCCGGCAUGAUUGGCUUAAACCUCACUCAGAUUUGUCUGGCAAAGGAGUGCAGUGAGGACGAAAUUGUCGAGGAGGUGUUGAAGCUGAAUGAAGACCCAAGGGUUCGUGGAAUCUACCUCCACCUUCCGCCAGCUGCACUCACCAGCCGGGUGCUGAACACACUCAGACCUGACAAGGAUGUAGAUGGGAUAACUGAUUUGAACGUGGGUCGUCUGGUACGAGGGGACCUGAGCAAAGGCUUCGUGCCCCCUUUAGCAAGCGCUGUCCUGGAUCUGCUGGAGAAACACAGUGCUCCUUUAGAUGGAAAGACCGUGUUGCUGGUUGGAGAUGAAGGACCCUUCAGCAUGGCUCUGCAGUGUCUGAUUGAGAGAAGUGGGAUGGUAGCUUUGAAGAAUCACUGGAGCUCCAAGAGCUUACAGAGAAAGCCUGAUGCAGUUGUCCUGUUAGGGGCAGGGAAUAUGGAUGUCCCAUCUACCUGGGUUAGACCCGGAGCUGCCAUCAUCCGCUGUGUAACAGAUGAAAAUGACAUUGAGAUGCCUUCAAAGUCUGGAUUAGGAUACCUUACAGCAGCUUACAGAACACAGAAUGUGGUGCAUAGUUGCAGUCGGUGGCUGCAGGACCAACAGUAUCGACCCUGGAGUCUGCGCAGUCUCAAACUGCAGCCCCUCACCCCUGUACCAAGCGACAUAGAGAUUUCUAGAGCUCAGACUCCAAAGCCAGUGAACCAACUGGCUGAGGAGAUCGGUCUUCUGCCUGAAGAGCUUGAGGCCUAUGGCAGGAGCAAAGCUAAGGUGCGACUCUCGCUUUUAGACCGCCUCAACACACAGCCUGAUGGGAAAUAUGUACUGGUUGCUGGUAUAACCCCCACCCCACUGGGUGAAGGUAAAAGCACGGUGACCAUCGGCCUGGUCCAGGCUUUGUCUGCCCAGCUUAAGCUGAACUCCUUCGCCUGUCUUCGACAGCCUUCUCAGGGACCAACCUUUGGGGUUAAAGGGGGAGCUGCAGGAGGCGGGUAUGCCCAGGUCAUUCCCAUGGAGGAGUUCAACCUCCAUCUAACUGGUGACAUUCAUGCCAUCACAGCAGCCAAUAACCUGGUUGCAGCAGCCAUCGAUGCCAGGAUGCUCCAUGAAACGACCCAAUCGGACAAGGCCCUGUUCCACAGGCUGGUCCCGUCAGUGAAUGGAGUGAGGAGAUUUUCCCCCAUUCAAAUCUCCAGGCUUAGACGUCUAGGGAUCAACAAAACAGAUCCUGCAUCUCUUACACCCCAGGAAGUCAGCACCUUUGUACGUCUUGACCUUGACCCUUCCAAGAUCACCUGGCAGAGAGUCCUGGACACAAAUGACCGCUUUCUGAGGAAGAUCACAGUAGGACAGGCAAGCACUGAAAAAGGACAGAUCAGAGAGACUGGCUUCGACAUCGCAGUGGCCAGCGAGAUCAUGGCCAUCCUGGCUCUUGCAGACAGCCUGGAGGACAUGAAAAACAGACUGUCGCGCAUGGUGGUGGGGACCAGUCGCUCCGGACAGCCUGUCACCGCAGAAGACCUGGGUGUGAGUGGAGCUCUGGCCGUCUUAAUGAAAGAUGCCAUCAAGCCUACGUUGAUGCAGACCCUCGAGGGUACGCCAGUGUUUGUCCAUGCUGGGCCUUUCGCCAACAUCGCCCAUGGCAACUCCUCGGUGCUGGCAGACAAGCUGGCUUUGAAGUUGGUCGGACGGGACGGCUUUGUGGUGACAGAAGCUGGUUUUGGAGCUGACAUCGGGAUGGAGAAGUUCUUCAACAUCAAAUGUCAGGCUUCAGGGCUGAGACCAAAUGUGGUGGUGCUUGUUGCAACUGUCCGAGCGCUAAAGAUGCAUGGCGGUGGACCAAAUGUGUCAGCAGGUGCACCUCUUCCCAGAGAGUACAUUGAUGAGAACCUGAGCCUCGUUGCAGGUGGUUGCCAUAGCAAUCUCAGGAAGCAGAUCCAAAUAGCGCACCUUUUUGGGGUACCAGUAGUGGUGGCGCUCAAUGUCUUCAAGACAGACACUCAGGCAGAGAUCGAUCAGGUUUGUCAGAUAGCCAAAGAGUGCGGAGCAUCAGACGCUGUGCCGUGUCACCACUGGGCGCAGGGCGGGCGAGGAUCCAUAGAGCUCGCCCAGGCUGUGAAAGAGGCUUCCAGCAGACCCAGUGACUUCAAGUUCCUCUACCACAAAGAGAUGCCAAUAGUGGAGAAGAUCAGAACAAUUGCCCAGAGAGUGUAUGGAGCUGAUGACAUCGAGCUGUCUCCAGAGGCGGAGGCCAAGAUAGAUUACUACAAUCAACAGGGUUAUGGUUCAUUGCCUAUCUGCAUGGCCAAGACUCACCUGUCCCUGUCACACAUGCCUGACAAGAAGGGUGUUCCAACAGGAUUUGUUUUGCCAAUCAGAGAUGUUCGCGCCAGUAUCGGGGCUGGCUUCAUCUACCCACUUGUGGGAACGAUGAGCACCAUGCCUGGUCUACCCACCCGGCCCUGUUUCUAUGACAUUGACCUUGACCCGGUCACAGAGGAGAUC